AUCUUAAAUAGUGAUCAUGACACGAGUCAUUGGACGAAGGCGUCUUCAGUAGGAGGGAGUUUUGAUAAUAUCAGAUGUCAAUCACCUGAAGCGCAGAACCAUGUAAACACGUGCAUGAGCUCGGCACAUAUGCGUGCGUCUUUAGUAUGUAUUAUUUAUCUUGUGUGCACGCUUCUGAACACAAUACCAGCGCUUUGAAAAGUUGAUGUAAUUAUACUUUCCUGUGGAUAUAUUGUCUCACAUUCCUACCGUCAAAAAGGACCAACCGCACGGACAACCGAGUCUUGACCCUCUGCCAAUGCAGGGACCUGAGUUGGGGGUUCAUGCGGAUGACAUCGAGACACCAGAUAUGGAACAGGAAUCAAAACAAGAGGUUCUUGAAAACAAAGAUGUCAUAGUCCAGCAUGUUCACAUUGAUGGUCUGGGAAGAACCAAGGAGGAUUGCUUAACGUAUGAGAUUGCUGGUGUCUUCAGAGCAAAGAACUUGAUUGACGUCAUGAAGAGAGCACACGAAGCCAGACAGAAGCUCCUCCGUCUUGGUAUCUUCAGACAGGUGGAGGUUGUUAUUGAUACCUCACAAGGGGUGGAUGCUCUGCCUAACGGACUAGAUGUGACGUUUGAAGUGACUGAGCUGAGACGUAUGACUGGUAGCUAUAACACCAUGGUUGGAAAUAACGAAGGCAGCAUGGUUCUUGGUCUGAAGCUGCCCAAUGUUUUCGGUCGUGCGGAAAAGCUUACAUUCCAGUUCUCCUAUGGCACCAAAGAGACUUCCUAUGGGCUGUCAUUCUUCAAGCCUCAACCUGGUCACUUUGAGCGCAAUUUCGCCGUUAACUUUUACAAAGUCACAGGCCAGUUUCCAUGGAGCUCGCUGAGAGAGACUGAUCGCGGCGUCUCCACAGAAUUCAGUUUCCCUCUUUGGAAGACGAACCACACCCUGAAGUGGGAGGGUGUGUGGCGAGAGCUGGGAUGUCUGGCGCGUACUGCCUCAUUCGCAGUCCGGGAGGAGAGCGGCCACUCCCUCAAGUCAUCACUCUCGCAUGCCAUGGUCAUCGACACCAGAAACUCCACAAUCCUUCCCAGGAGGGGAGCCUUGCUGAAAAUCAACCAGGAGUUGGCUGGCUACACUGGAGGAGAUGCCAGUUUUCUGAAAGAGGACUUUGAGCUCCAAUUUAACAAACGUCUCUUCUGGGACUCGGUCCUGUCUGCAUCUCUCUGGGGCGGAUGCCUCCUGCCCAUUGGAGAUAAGCCAACUUGCAUUGCUGACAGGUUCUAUCUCGGUGGUCCUACUAGCGUCAGAGGAUUCAGUAUGUACAGCAUCGGCCCACAGAGUGAAGGUGACUACCUGGGAGGUGAGGUGUAUUGGGCUGGAGCCGUCCACCUGUAUACUCCACUGCCCUUCCGUCCAGGCAAAGGGGGAUUCGGAGACCUCUUCAGGACCCACUUCUUCCUCAAUGCUGGGAACCUGUGUAACCUCAACUAUGGUGACGGGCCUCGAGCACACCUGAGUAAGCUGGCAGAGUGUAUCCGCUGGUCCUAUGGAGCGGGCAUCGUGCUGCGACUUGGAAACAUCGCCCGGCUGGAGCUCAACUACUGCAUUCCCAUGGGCGUCCAGAGUGGAGACAGGAUAUGCGACGGGGUCCAGUUUGGUGCUGGAAUCCGAUUUCUGUGAUGUCGUCCUGUUGUCAUGCUGCAUUGAAUUGUGGAACACAGGAGUUUGUUUCGUUGGUUUUAGUAAAUGGAAGGUGAUCUAUAGGGGUCACUUUCAGCACAGCGAAGGUUGCUGGGAAUGAAAUGUCUACUGCAACCAAACUAUUGUAAGUAAAAUGGACAAGGCAUCAAUGGGGAUUUUCCUCCAGUACUAAUGAACGAUGAGAGCCCCCAGUGCUCAAGAUGUUAAAACAAGAGGCCUUCACGGGUCCAAAAAGUUGGACCUGUUCCGAAAUGGACCUGUGGCUUUCCCAUCCGGACCCAAUAUGCAUACAUUUAUUUGUUAAAUAUAGAGACCCGUUCCGAAUGGACACGAGGACAACUAGACACAUUCCUCGUAGACCUGGUCGGAACCAGACCCGAUCCGAGUGAGGGAAUUCACAGAAAAGUCCAUUUAAGCUACCGGAGCUGAUAAAUCGCGCGAGAGGUAGAGCUCUAGCAGGAUGUGUGAGCGAGUGACACGGGGAGCAGGGAAGAGGGAGGGAGAGACGAGAAACGGCAACCGACCAAGCCGACUCUCGCUAUAGUAGAGUAAUAGCAGCCUACCUAGCUAUGUUUUUCUCAUCCUACACAGUUACAAACAACUUCAUUCGGAAUAUUAAGUAUCAGCCUACCUGUUGGCUCUUGGUCUUUGUAGCCUAUCCCUCUCCUUUAACUUCUGUCAUUUUAAAUUAAAAAUUCCAUUGAUAUUUCCUAACUUUUGCCACACAUGGAGGCUCUAUGACUGUAGCCCAGUGUUUUCCAAACUCGGUCCCGGGGACCCUAAGCGGUGCACAUUUAGGUUUUUUUGCCCUAGCACUAUACAGCUGAUUCAAAUAAUCAAAGUUUAAUGAUGAGUUGAUUAUUUGAAUCAUCUGUGUAGUGCCAGGGCAAAAAAUACAUAAUAAAACUGCACCGCUUAGGGUCCCCGGGACCGAGUUUGGAAAACACUGGUCUAGCCUAUUGCUGCUUUGAUGACUUAUGAUUGGCCAACAACAAGCUAGACAUGCCACUCCUGUGAAAAGAGGAGCAGCUUAAAUGAUAUGAUUUAUCUCCCUCUCUGUACUGCAGCAGUCACGUGCAGAUCUGUACGGGUACUUCCGGACAAGUCUAUUUGGUAUUUUAUUAGGAUCCCCAUUAGCUGUUGCAAAAGCAGCAGUUACUCUUCCUGGAGUCCACACAAAACACAAAACAUGACAUCAUACAGAACAUUAAUAGACAAAAACAGACCAAGGACAGACCUACAUACAUUUUUAAAAAGGCACACGCAGCCUAUAUAUCAAUACAUACACAUAAACUAUCUAGGUCAAAUAGGGGAGAGGCGUUGUGCUGUGAGGUGAUGCUUUAUCUGUUUUUUGAAACCAGGUUUGCGGGUUUAUUUGGUCGAUUUUAAAAUUGCACAUACAAUCAUAUCAGAUCCGACACAGACCUGUGACAUUAUUUAGAAUUCUGGAUCUGAACCCUCUCGGGUAUUCGGUUACAGGUGGAUCCGUGAAGACCUCUAGUGGAAACCUAAGAAAGGCAGACAUCAGCCAUGAGUGCCCUUAUCAUGAGUCAAAUAUGUCAAUGUGGUCUGUAUUAUUAUGCUGAUUUAAUAAAUGUUAUCCUCUACAGUUA